AAAAUUUCCCACAGCCAUUCCCAGACAGUAUAAACAAAAACAUUACGCAUUUCCCACAGCCUUGUUUAGAAUAUAUAGCAUCAUCAAGCGCACAAAUAUAUGUACAGAAUGCAAUGCUUGUAACGAACAGUCUGUACUAUGACUUGGAUAGGUGAGGAUGUCAAUUGCGCUCUUCCGAUUGAAAUAUUAUUGCUGCAAUAUCUAUAGAAUUUUCGCUGCAACUAUCAUUAUAUAAUUCUGAAAUGUCACAGAUUUCUAUUUGCUGCUUUAAAAUAAAAUGCUGACCUUGAAAAACAUAUUGUGUAUUUCACUUUUGAUGCUUGUUAUAAGCAUCGAGAUUAACCUGGCAAAAGAAUGUAAAAUUCCAGAGAACAAUGAGGACAUUGACUGGGAUAAGGUUAAAAAUGACUGGUAUCUGGUGCUACACACCAACGAUGAGGUCAUGAAUGAAGAUGUUAUAGGUACAAAAUUACAGAACUUCUCCAAUACAAAUGAAGGAAUGCAAAUGGUGGUUACUAAUUUACAUGAGAAUUCUCCUCCCCAAACCUUUACAAUUGAUCGGACCAAACGAAUAGACGGCGUUUAUUAUGGGAUAAAGAGCGAAAAACCAGCUGUUUUGGCUUCACACACUCUAACACAAGACGGAGGAACAAAUAAUAAUGCUAAAAAAAUAGAUGAUGCCUUGUUCAAUGGUGAUAAUCUGAUUCUAUACGACAAAAAGAAUUAUUUAGUCCAUGCAUUCUGCAGUCUUUCAGGUGAAUGGGUUGUCUGGUCGGCAUUUCCAACCCUAAAUCCAACUAUUCAUCAAAUUAGUUCAAUGUGGAACAAGCUCAUUGAGAAAGGAAUCAUUGUACAACUUUAUCCUUCUAAAAUUGUUGAACAUCCGGAGUUGAUGGAAAGUUUGAACUGACGAGAUUUUUCAAUAUUGAGUUAUAACCCUGAACAGAAAUUCAUUUAAUGGAAAUAAUAACACUGCAGUAUACUAUUUAGUACAACUACUAUAUUCUAGAAUAAAUAAGAAAACUACAGGAGUCAUUUUUUAUGCAAUUUUAGGCGUUAUGCCGUGUCUUUCUCAGUUUCAUUGUUAUCGUAUUUAUGUUGUGCUAUAUUUAAGUUGCAAAUUAUACAAUGAAGACAUGAUGCAAAUGUUUUAACACUCUAAAUGCAAUUCUGAACUAGAGGAAUUCAUCUUUAUCUUCCACAAUUUGAUGAGAUAAAAUAAAAAGAUUAAUUCAUGAUUAAUAAAUUUGAUCGAAAACUA